UAGUCACUAGUCAGAUCUCUCUCUCCUCUCACAGUCACCACGCACGCACUCAGCACUCACGCUCUCAUUCUCUGAUUUCCAAGCACCACCACCGGCCACCACCACGCCGGCCGCCGCCGCCGCACCACCACGUGCCACUCUCCAGCCGUGCGCCCCUGCCUUUGGCUGUGCCUCUGCGGUUCUAAUUUCUAUGGGCAUGGCUGAUUUUUUCCUAACCCUAAUUUAUGUUUUCCCCUAAUUUCUAAAGUUGAACUUCAUCAAGUCCAAGUUUCCUCCAGAAAGGUGUUUUGAUAAUGGAUAUAAUCUCUCAGUUACAAGAGCAAGUUAAUUUGAUUGCGAAUUUAGCUUUUAAUACCAUUGGGACAUUGCAAAGGGAUGCUCCUCCUAAUCGGAUCUCACCAAAUUACCCUGAACCACCUGCACAACCUACAGAGGAUGGGGCAACUUUUUCAGAACAGCCAAAGUUGAUGAGUACUGGCUUGGUGAAGGCUGCUAAGCAGUUUGAUGCACUGGUUGCAGCGCUUCCAAUAGCUGAGGGAGGUGAAGAAGCACAGCUCAAGAGGAUUGCCGAACUACAAGCUGAGAAUGAUGCAAUAGGCCAAGAACUUCAGAAGCAAUUGGAAGCUGCAGAGAAGGAAUUACAUCAGGUUCAGGAAUUGUUUAGUCAAGCAUCUGAUAAUUGUUUGAACUUGAAGAAACCGGAUGUCAAUUAGUUGCUUGUGUUGCUGGUGAAGCUGGAGACGAACCAGAACCACAGUUUAGCUCAUCUUGACAUGGAUCUUGGCCUCCUGUGUGGGGAUUUUUAUCUUUUGCAUGAAGUCAUUUAUACAGGAGAUAGCUAUAUGACCUUUUUAGAAACAAUCCACCGUUAAGAUAGUGGUAAUUAUAUUGCUCCUCCCGGAGGAAAGGCUUAAUAUUACUCUUCGGUGUUUGGAUCAUUUUAUAGCGUGAUAGUUCUUGAGUGAAGCUCUUUAAAUGUGUGAUUUAAGUAUCAUUUACUUAGUCGUGCAUAGUUUGAUUUGAAUGACUAUCUGCUACAACAAAUACAACUGAUUUGGGUGGCACAGAUACAGAUUCAAUUUUAUUCUAUUUUCAAAUUGAAGAUUUAUCACUUAUGCA